AUGUAUAAGUGUAAAGGACAUCCUUCCUUUGCAACCCAAGGCCCUACUUGGUGCCUCAGUAUACUUAUAUAUACAAGGGCAAGGACAGUAUUAUUCAUACUACCACAAAAGGUUAUAGAAGUACAGAAGAAGUCAUGUUAUUGUAAUAAUAUUUUGGGGUAG